UCAGUAUAUAUUUUAUUAUAUAUAAGUGGUAAAUAUGAUUUUGAAACUGUAUUUACAGAUCAAUUGGCUUGAAAUCAUUCAAAGCGUUUUUGCGUCAAAAAGAAUUGCGAUUGAACCGUCUGAAGAGCUCGUCGUUCAAGCGUACAAUUAUCUUAUCUAUUUGGGGCCGUUAUUAGAUCGGACACCAUCUCGCACUAUUGUUAAUCACAUGAUAUGGAACUCAAUUCAGUGGUUUUAUUUUCGCUACAUUAAAAAAUCGGAACUAAUUAAUACUGGAAUUGACGAUUGGUGGAAGACGUGUAUUACACAAUCAAAUUUAAAACAUGCUAUUUUACAUGAAUAUGUAAAAAAAUAUAUAUCAAACGAUACUAUACAGGAUAUUACAAAAAUAAUCAGAAACGUUAGAGAAACAAUUUACGAACAAAUAGAAAAUUCGACUUGGAUUGACGAGCCUACAAAAACGUCUUUAAUUAAGACACUUAUGUAUAUAAAGCACGAAUUUAUUAUGCCGGACUGGUACAGCGACGAAGCUAUUGACAGAUAUUACGAAGGCAUGAAUGUCAGCACAAACUAUCUCGAAACUGCCAUAAAUUUCUUUCAAUUUGAAAGAAAGAAAAUGAUGCAGUCGCUAAGAAUAUCUGACAUCACUUUAGAAUGGGACGUUCAACUGACUUCAAUACAAGCGUAUUAUAAUCCUGUUUUACAUAGAAUUGUUCUUCCAGCUACUUUAUUACAAAAUCCAAUAUAUGACAAAACUCGUCUCUCAUUUAUGAACUACGCAGCUCUGGGAUCUAUUAUUGGACAUCGCAUAAAUUACGUCUUUGUUGAUAACAAUCUUAAGUUCACUGAUUACAAAUCCUUAUCAUUGUUAAUGCAACAACGUAUUAUUGAAUACAUAAGAAUAACGCAAUGUUUCAUCGACCAGUACGACAAGGAUUUAUUUCCGGAAUUAGACAAUUUUACUGAUAUAAACAGAGUAGAGACGUGUAAACAAACCAUUGCUGAAUCCGCGGCAAUUGCAACUGCAUAUUACGCGUACAAGAACAGACAAAUGAGUCUGAACGAUUUUGAAUGGCGGUUGCAGGGACUACAGCAAUAUACCGAUGAUCAGAUUUUCUUUAUUACGUAUGCUCAAAUGAUGUGCGAAUAUAUCCCGUCAGAAAGGAUAAAUAUGCAUAUAGAAGACGUUUAUGUUCCACAUGAAAUUAAAAUUCUCGGCGCUCUUUCGAAUUUCCCUGCUUUCUCCGCGGCUUAUAACUGCUCCGUGAAAAAGCCAAUGAAUCCAGAAAGAAAAUACGCUCUUUGGUAGAUCAAUGAAGUAUUGUGUUUUUAUGUAGCCACAAAUGUGUGACGUUUUUUUUUUAAACAACAUAUUUUAAUUAGAUUUAAUUUUAUGUUUGACAACCACGUUAUGUAAAUUUAUUCCCAUUUCUUAAAGUUAUAUAGGUUCGCUUUUGUAAUAAAAGACGC